AUGGGCUCCUGCUCCGGCCGCUGCGCGCUCAUCGUCCUCUGCACUUUUCAGCUGGUCACCGCCCUGGAGGCAGUGUUUGACUUCCUGGGCUACCAUGGUAGGUUCGACGAAACCGCUGCAGGCAGAUGCGCGAUGUGGACAGCCAUACAGGUCACCUGGAACAUCUUCAUCAUCUGCUUCUACCUGGAAGUUGAGGCCUCUCACAAGGACAGCCGACUACUGACCUUCAGCCUCAGACGCCGCUCCUGGUGGCAUGAGCACUGGCCGGGCUGUCUGCACGAGGAGGUGCUGGCAGCUGGCCUCAGGAGCCCCAGCCCAGGCCUGGUGUCAGGUGCCAUCUGUGCCCUGGAGCCCAGCUCUGGAGGCUUCCUACACAGCAACCUGCAGAUCCUGAUUCUGCGGUGACUUCUGGGUUUUGUCUGUGGCUGCUACGUGGUCAGCGUGUUUACGGAGGAAGAGGACAGCUUUGAUUUCAUUGGUGGAUUUGAUCCAUUUCCUCUCUACCAUGUCAAUGAAAAGCCAUCCAGCCUCUUGUCCAAGCAGGCAUACUUGUAAGUAUGGCCGGCAGAACCUGCUCUGCAGCCAGCCUGGCCAAUCUGGCGCUCACAGCAAGAGGCUACCUUCCUUGGUCUGCCUGUCCGUCCAUCCAUCCGUCCGUCCAUCCAUCCACCCUCACUUUUCUAACAUCUGCUUCAUGCCAGGCUCUGGGGUGGUACUGGGGCUGCAGAGACCUAGGACCCACUCCCAGCCCAGAAACUCAGAGCCCAGCAGAGACUGCGCCUGUGGGAGGGAGUUGGGUCCAGGAGUCGGCUCUGAGUCAGGGGCCGCAAGGGUGUCCUGAAGAGCCACUUCCCAGCGGGCGGCAUGGGGCUGCCGUGGGGGUCUCUCCGUGGCAGGCAGCUGGGGCCCUGGUUUCCUAUCUGGCAGAACCAGACUUGUUUCUUGAAAGGCAGUGUCCACAGUUCUGCAAACCCCAGACCCUGGGGUGGGGUGCCGGGGCUCCCAGCUGUCCUCCUCUGAAAUAGCUUUUGCCACACAGCUCGCCCUGUACACAAUCCUAGUUUGGGGCUCAGAAUAGGUGGCUGCACUGCCCCUGGGCUGCCCAGGCCCCCAGAGACACCUGAUGGCACGCCCCUGGGUAGCCCCUGGCCCUUCUCUCCUAAAAAUGAGGGCUGUCAUGGCAGGGGCUGUCCGAGGUAGCAGGAGCCCAGCUCCCAUGUCAGAGAACGGGGGAAUAAAGACCCGGGCAGGGGUGGGGUCACACGCAGGCCCUGAGCCAGGGACCCAGGCACACCCCUGGGCGAGCCCCCACUCCACUCCCAGCCCCACAGCCCAGACCCCACUGAGAUGUCAGCAAACAGGCACAAGACGCUGAGCUGCCCGGCACAGGGAGAGGCAGUGGUGGCUUUCCAGAGCCUCAGCCCCACCUACCUCCUUUCUACCAAAGGCCUGAAGCCAUCACUGCUUGGACUUUGUUCCAUUUCAGGUUCUCCAGGGGAGGGGGUGGCAGCCCCCAGUGGCCGCCCCAGCCCUGCUCCCCCAGGUGCUCUCUGACCUUGUCCCCACAGGCCUGCGUAAGUGAGGGAACAGCUGAUCCUGCUCCUGCGGCCUCCAGCCUCAGCAACCAACCAGCGACAAUGACAGGAGCCCCCAGGCCUUGGGACGCACCCCCACCCAGCACCCUCCAGGGCCGGCAGCACCUGCCCUGGGUUCUAAGUGCUGGACACCAGCCAGGGCGGCAGCCACAGCCGGCUGCAACUUCAAGAGAGUCUGUGAUUUCCUUUCUCUUAAAAAAAAAAAAAAGAAAACAAAAGAAAAGGCAGAGCCCCACAUGCCCACCUCCUCCGGCAAUGUGGGGGACACAGCUCUGCCCCCAGGCCGUCGUGUCCUCGAGGAGCCCCUCUCUCAGGUGCCCAGCUGGGGCCGCUGGACCCUUGGGCUGCAAGCACCGCUGCUGGGGCACAGCGAGGCGGGAACGGCACAGCCCCCCAGGAAGUCAAUGUGAGCCCCAAGAAUGUGAGCCCCGAGACCCAGCAAGCGGCAAGGGCCCCAGUUGAACAUGGAGGGUGCCCAGCCCCAAACUUGUGCCAGAAGAACCCCCAGAGCCGCCAGGAGCUGAGGCUGAUGGAGUCCUGGGGUGUGGGCUGGGCUUGACCAAGAACGGCAGAGCCAGGCCCCAAGGCAUACCGCAGGGCACGUGGUGGUGACAAGGGGGCGGUACCCUUGUAAAGAGGGGUCUUGGGCAAACAGUCCCAAAGGCUCCCCCAGGUAUCAUCAAGUUGGUAAAUAAACAGGAACAUAGCCCUCACC